GUAAGGCGCGAGGCCCCUAGAGCUCAGAGCGGGGCACGACGGGAGCGCUGCCAUGGCGGCGGGGCUGUGGGCGCUGCUGCUGCUGCCGCUGGCGGCCGCCGUGUACGAGGACCAAGUGGGGAAGUUCGACUGGAGGCAGCAGUACGUGGGGAAGCUGAAGUUCGCCUCUCUGGAGGCCGCGCAGGGCUCCAAGAAGCUGCUUGUGGGCACCGAGAAGAACGUGGUGGCAGCGCUCAACUCCCGCAGCGGCGAAAUCCUGUGGCGCCAUGCAGAUAAAGCCACCCCUGAAGGAGCGAUCGACGCGAUGCUGAUCCACGGGCAGGAUGCCAUCACCGUAUCCAGCGCUGGGCGCAUCCUGCGUUCCUGGGAGACCAACAUUGGAGGGCUGAACUGGGAGACGUCGCUGGACACGGGCAGUUUCCAGACCGCAAGUCUGGUGGGGCUGCAGGACGCAGUGAAGUACGUGGCAGUGCUGAAGAAGGCAGCCAUCUCCCUGCACUACCUGUCCAAUGGGCACCAGAAGUGGGUAGAACACCUGCCAGAAAGUGAGAAUACUCAGUACCAGAUGUUAUAUUCUCGUGGGGCUGGAGUGAUCCACGUGCUUGGAGUUGUCCCCCAGAGCCAUUUGAAGGUUUUAACGCUCAGAGUGGAGGAUGGAGAAGUCAUAGAACAGACCAACGUAGCAGCGCCGUGGCUGACGAGCUUAAAUGGAGCCUGCGGUGUGGUGGGGGAGGCAGUGCUGGUGUGUGCAGACACAGCCACUCAUUCGCUCUAUGUUUGCUCCUUGGAGACUGAGCAGGAGAUGAAGCAGAUCCCGCUGCAGUCACUUGACCUGGAGUUUGCUGAUGGCUUCCAGCCCAGGAUCUUGGCUACUCAGCCCAGUGUGAUCAACGCUUCGAGGGCUCAGUUCUUCCUGCAGCUGUCUCCGGGCCACUUCUCUCUGCUGCAGUGCAAACAGGGGCUGCUCAGCCACCUGCGAGACUUCCAGCAGGCAGCUCUGGUGAGCUUUGCAACAACUGGGGAGAAGACUGUUGCUGCUGUGCUGACCUGUAGGAACGAACUGAAACCUGGAAGUUCUGACGGCCUUCAUGGAAGUGCUUUGGAGGAUUCCCAGAAACAGGAAUCCUUAACCUGUUCCAAUCAAACCUACAACAUCAAUCUUUACCUGGUUGAAACUGGACAAAGAUUGCUGGAUACCACGAUUACCUUUAACCUGGAGCAGAACGGUGCCAAGCCAGAGCAGCUCUAUAUCCAGGUUUUCCUGAAGAAGGAUGACUCGGUCGGCUACCGAGCCUUGGUGCAAACAGAAGACCACAUGCUGCUGUUCCUCCAGCAGCCAGGAAAGGUUGUGUGGAGCAGAGAGGAGUCGCUGGCAGAAGUGGUGAGCUUGGAGAUGGUGGAUCUGCCUCUGACGGGUGCACAGGCUGAGUUGGAGGGAGAAUUUGGGAAGAAAGCAGAUGGAUUGCUGGGGAUGUUUCUGAAGCGGCUGUCCUCCCAGCUCAUCCUGCUGCAAGCCUGGACUGCUCACCUUUGGAAGAUGUUCUACGAUGCCAGGAAACCCCGGAGCCAGAUUAAAAAUGAGAUUAACAUUGACAAUCUAGCCAGGGAUGAGUUCAACCUCCAGAAAAUGAUGGUGAUGGUCACUGCUUCAGGAAAGCUUUUUGGCAUUGAAAGCAGUUCUGGCACCAUCCUAUGGAAGCAGUACCUCAGGAACGUGAGACCGGGUGCCUCCCUCAAGCUGAUGGUCCAAAGAACAACAGCCCACUUCCCCCACCCUCCACAGUGCACCUUGCUUGUUAAGGAUAAGGAAACCAAAAUGAGCUUUCUGUACGUCUUUAACCCCAUCUUUGGGAAGAGGAGCCAAGUAGCACCCCCUGUUUUGAAGCGUCCAGUUCUUCAGACUUUGCUUCUGCCUAUUAUGGAUCAAGACUACGCCAAAGUACUGCUUCUGAUCGAUGAUGAGUACAAGGUUACAGCUUUCCCAGCAACUAAGAAUGUUCUUCGCCAGUUGGAAGAAAUGGCCCAUUCCAUCUUCUUUUAUCUGGUGGAUGCCGAGCAGGGAAAGCUCUCUGGAUUCAGGCUGAAAAAGGACUUGACAACAGAGGAGAGCUGGCAGGUGGCCAUACCCACUGAAAUACAGAGGAUAGUGACAGUGAAAGGGAAGAGAUCCAGUGAGCACGUGCACUCCCAGGGCCGUGUGAUGGGAGACCGCAGUGUUCUCUACAAGUCCUUGAAUCCAAACCUGCUCGCAGUGGUGACAGAGAGCACCGACACGCACCACGAGCGCACUUUUGUCGGGAUAUUUCUGAUUGAUGGAGUCACAGGCAGGAUCAUCCACUCAUCAGUACAGAAGAAAGCCAAGGGACCUGUCCACAUCGUCCACUCAGAGAACUGGGUGGUGUACCAGUACUGGAACACAAAGGCACGUCGGAAUGAGUUCACUGUGCUGGAGCUGUAUGAGGGCACAGAGCAAUACAACGCCACGGCCUUCAGCUCCCUGGACCGCCCCCUCUUACCUCAGGUCCUCCAGCAGUCAUACAUCUUCCCCUCUGCCAUCAGUGCUAUGGAGGCCACCAUCACCGAGCGAGGCAUCACCAGCCGUCAUUUGCUGAUCGGACUUCCCUCCGGUGCCAUCCUCUCCCUUCCCAAGGCUCUGCUGGAUCCUCGCCGACCAGAAAUCCCCACAGAGCAGAGCAGAGAAGAGAACCUGAUUCCCUAUUCCCCAGAUGUGCAGAUCCACGCUGAGAGGUUUAUCAACUACAAUCAGACCGUAUCCCAAAUAAGAGGGAUUUACACAGCCCCCUCUGGUCUGGAGUCUACUUGUUUGGUUGUGGCUUACGGCCUGGACAUCUACCAGACCCGUGUGUACCCCUCAAAGCAGUUUGAUGUCUUGAAAGAUGACUAUGACUACGUGCUGAUCAGCAGCGUCCUCUUCGGGCUGGUGUUUGCCACAAUGAUCACAAAGAGACUGGCCCAAGUGAAACUGCUGAACCGUGCCUGGCGGUAGGGCUGCAGUCACAGAACAGUGGGGCUGGGAAUGGCACCUGAGGACUGUUCUGGCUGAGGAUCUGCGACCCAGCAGGGCUGUGGGGUUGUUACAAAUUCCAGCUGGAGUGACUGCAAUGGCUGCAAAACAUCUUGCAUUUUUACUGGAAGAUACUUGAGAAGAGCUGCUCGUGCUGCCUGUAAAGAAAUGGAAGAGAAACGGUGGAGAGACACCGUAAUGUAAUGACUUUAAAAUCUCCCACACCACCCAGCAAUCUCAGUUAAAGCCCUAAAAUCUGCAACCUUCUUCUUUUCCUGAUUUUAAUGAAGGUAAUACCAAGAAUGUGUCUUUGAGGGCCCCCUGCUGCCUCAGAGCCCGCUGUGCCCGGACCUUGGGUGUGUGUGAGAUGCGAGGAUGAAAUGAAAUGAAAUGAAAUGAAAUGAAAUGAAAUGAGCACACAGCUCAUUUCAUUCACAAGGCUAAAAAUUUCCCACCUGCCCAUGGGAAACUGCCUCUUAAUUAAAUUGUUGGGGUGUGGGAGCACUUGGAAUGUAAAAUCUCACCACGUUCUUUAUUUAUUACGAUUAAAACAUUACUUUCUUCCGGUUUUUAAA